AUGAUAAGAAAUCAAGCAGUUCAUUAAAUUGAAUAAUUAUUAGCAUCUUCUAUUUUAAGCCAGAUUUCAAUAUCAUUUCAAAGGAUUCAUUGUCAUUAAAAACUCUACAAGUUGGUCAAUGACGUUCGACGCCUACCCAAAAACUCGUGACGCAAACGUCUUCGUUUCUACUUGGCUGAGUGCUUUGAGGAUCAAUUGUCGAAUAGGGUCAUAAUUAAAUUUAACAGCAAGAAAAAGAUAGAGUAGGAGAGGUAGAGAGCGAAAAGAAAGGAAGCUAAACUCUGGUGUACAUUUCACUUAUUAGAGUAAUAGCUUGUGUAACGAAUCUAAUCGAAUAAGCCUAAUCGCUAUUAGAUUCAAAUGAAGCAAUUAGCCAGACAAAUUCUUUUUAUAGCCCAUCCAUAUAAUAGUAACAAACAUUUGAUACAUUUUUCCUCUUUUUGAUUAAAUCUUUGACACAAAAUGACCAUCACUCUCUUUACUCUACUUUUGUUUGAUCCUUCUUUUUCCCCUUUCCUCAACAAUUCUUUCCAAGUUGGAGAAUUGUAUUGGGCAUUUUUUUAUUACGAUUACCAUCUAAAGUUAUUACUACUUCCUUCCUUCCUCCUAUACUUUAUUUAUCCCUCCCUCGCAAGCCAGCUCUCUCAUACGCUUAUCCUGUCUCACUCGCUAGCUCAAUUUUUAUUCAAAUGUCCACAUAUUAGAGUGCUUCCCUUUAGAACGCCACCGUUCCUCUCUACUAUUCUCGUUGCCCUUUUUGAGUGGUGCGAUUGAUCUGUUAGUUAGCGUUACAGUAUUUCAAUUAUCUACAAUUUUAAUUGAAGACAAUCUAACCUUAUCUCGAUUGCUUGAAAGACUUGAAAAGAAGAGAAAGAGAGAGAGAGAAGAUAGAUAAACAUUCCCAGUUGUGAAAAGGAAUAUAAGGUUUGGAUUUGUAUAUUUUUAUUAGCAAUUAAAUUCUUCAAUUCUAUAUUUUAGUUGAUUUUCAAAGAUGAAAGAAGAGUAUAAAUUUUAAAAAACCUUUAUGUACACGUAUUAACUACAAACUACUCUUCUUUUUCUCCAUUUCAACAAACGUUAUUCACUGAUUGGCUACAUGUGUUCUUAUCCGACCUGCAAAAGCUUAUCAAGUAUUUAUUAUCAGUGAAAGAGUACCUUUAAUUUAAGCAAUACAUUUGUAAAAAAAUUCAUUAAAAGAUAGAAGAAAUACAUUUUUUUAAAGUGGGUUGCACAAAUCUAUCAUCAUCUUACUCUAUUUCUCAUUUUGGUCCAGUUUAUAGCCUUAGCUGGAAGACAGAGAGAGAGAAAGAGAGAAAGAGGAAGAGGAAAUCAUAUUUUUCUCGUUAAAAAAUAUCGUGUAACCCAAUUUUAGUCUGAAAAAAAUUGAUUUUUCUCUCUUUCUACUCACGAAAUUCAUAGAAGAGAGCUAAAUUAAAUUUACAGGAGUAGACAAUUUAUUCUUGUAUGUCUUAUAAAAAAGAAUGGGAAAAAUUCACUUCUAUUUGGGUAAGGAAGUACAUUUUUACUUAUAAACUACAAACAGCGAAACGAUAGAAUGAAACAAAGUCAACUCUAUUGAGCAAUAGAUGAAAAGAAAUUUAUAAAAAUUAUCGGUCCAUCGGGUUACCGCCUCUAGAGUCGGACGCGAAAAUUUUUACAUUCGCCUACCAGACACCAAUCCACUUUUGACUCGUAUUUUUUUUAUGCCCUCUUUUUAAAGAAUUCCCUAAAUGGACGACAGAAAGCGGAAGAACAAACACGUCGCUGCUCACCACCUUCAGGCGAUAAAGGAAAUGGAAGAGGAAAGGAAAGAAAUGAAAAAGAGAAAGAGUACUAGAAAACCAACUAACGAUGGGAACAGGGAGGAUAGUUACUGCUCUGACGACGAACAUGCAUUCAAUGGGUGUGAUGACGAUGAGGAGGAGGAGAACUACGAUGAAAACGAUGACGGAGAAGGCAACGACUCUUCGUUUUCAGGACGAAAAUUGUGUAUGGGAAUAGUGGUUGUUUUUAUCUAUUUGAUUGUCGUAUUUGGUUUGAUAAUUCUCAUUUAUAAAACAACUGAAGACUUGGUGAAAUCUCUAAGGAAUCCAGUGAGAUCUCUAAAAUACUACAGAGUUGAUAAAUACAAAGCACCCGCUAUUGUCGUCUUUCCAGUUGGUAAUAAUUUCAUUGCAUGCAGUCAUUAUUUCCAUAACAUUAUAGGCUCAAAAAGUAUGAUAUCUUUCUCUUUUUAUUUAUCUCAUUUCUUUUAUUUUUUUUUUCUUGCAUUCUUUCAUUCUUUUCCCAUCCUCCUUUCUUGCGCCCUUCUCUUCCUCCCUUCCUCCCCCUAACUAUCUACCCACCUAUCUGUCUAUCCUUCUACUUACUUAUCUGUCCUAGUAUCUAUCCAUCAUCCAUCCAUCCAUCUAUCUAUCCAGCUAUUCAUCCAGUCAUCGCUACCUGCCGACCCCCAGUCACCCACUACCUAUCUACCUGCCUAGCUUGUUUUUCCUCUUUUUACCACAAUUUUUUCAUCAUGUUGCAGCGAAACUAGAAGAAUUAGACCUUGAAAAUAAGGCGUGCGAAUAUUUGAAUGUUACAUAUAACGAUCCAAUUAAUAAUCUCAGCCGAAAUGCUCUCGUCUUCAAAGGCCCUACUCGGGUUAAGGAAAUCGAGGCACUCUUCCUACAUUUCAUAGGCCUAGACAAGACUAAGGAUUUCUACGCGGUUUCGUAUUAUAUCAUCAGUUCCUACAAGGAAAUCGAGGAGAGGUGGGUGAAAGGGAAAGAAAACAUAAACAUGAACAAAACUAAAAUAAGAGAAGGAAAAGGGUUUUGCUAUACCUUUUUCUGGCAUUGUUUUGACACAGUUUAUAUGAUUAAUUUAUUAUUUAUGUUCUCUUUCUUUAGACUUUCAUUCAUUCAUCCAUCCAUCCAUCCAUUCAUCCAUCCAUCUAUUUGAUUUAGUUACUUUAUUAAACUCUUCCUGCUUCUUUCGGCGUUCGCUUAUUGGUGUCUUGUUUUUUGCUUCAGUCCUUCUCCCAGUCAGUACCUGAAAGAGUUGCACGGUAGACACCCGACUUAUGCACUAUCCGCCAAUAUGAGAAUGUGGAUAAAAAUGAAAGUGAAGGGAAUUGAUUUUAACGAGAUUAAUCACGUCAAUGAAAAACAAAUGGACUUUGAAACAGAGUUUAGCACCAUAUUAUUUAGGAAAAAGAAAUUCGUUGGAGAACCUUUUUUCAUAUUUUUCGAAUGGAAGAACAACUUAAUGGAAAUUUCCACCUUACUUUAUACAGUCACACCCUGGAGUGUUGUCGCCUCUUUGUGCGGAAUUUUGGUUACAUUCGAAAAGUUUACCGCUCUAAGUUUGUCAUUCAGGAAAAAGAUAAUGAAAGUUCGACAACAAGUUACGGGAAUAAGACGUUUAAAGGCCUAAUCUCUUAUUAUCUUUCCUAACAGACAAUUUCAAAAGUUAUAAUUGCUAUAUAAAAUUUUUAAAAGAUAAAUUAUUAUUGCCUUUGAGCCAAUUUUAAUUCGUUUUCUCUUUACAUUCUCUAUAGACUUCUUUUGGUUUCUUUUCAUAGUUUCUCUUCAUUUAUCCUAAAUACCUCCAUUCCCAUUUCUCUCUCUCUCUUUCUCUCUCUUCACUCCCUUUCCAUCGACCUAAAGCGAUGCAUUUCUUAUUAUUUACUAAUGAUUAGUUGGGCGUAUUGGGUUCGGUUUGGAUGUGAUUUCGAUUACAAAUCUGAAAUAUAAAUCCACUGUUAG